AUGAGCCAGGAAAUCACCGGCAUGAUAUUCUGCUCAGAAGUGAUCUGUUCCAUUUGCUUGGAGUAUUUCAGAGAUCCCGUCAUCCUUCAGUGUGGACACAAUUUCUGCCACGACUGCAUUAUAAAAUACUGGAGGGAGUUUGUGCUGAAGUACAUUUGCCCUCAGUGCAAAAUGGUCGCUGAGACGGAGACUGUUCUCCCAAACAAAUCCCUGGAAAAAAUGGCAAGGUUGCUUGAAAAGCUGAAGCAGGAGGCCAGAGGCAAAGAGGUCUGCGAGAAACAUCAAGCGCCUUGGGAAUAUUUCUGCAGGAAUCACCAAGCCCCCUUCUGCAAGUGGUGUGCUGGAUCCAAAGAUCACGAAGGUCACGUCAGGAUCUCCUUGGAGCAAGCAACCAAAGAAUUUAAGGAUUAUUUCCGCGAGAUCCUUCUUUACAUAGAGAAUCAGAAAAGUGUGAUUCUGAAGCAUAAAAUAGGCGUAGAAAAAGAAAGUUUUGAAGUAAUCAAAGGGAUGCAGACCUUGAGGAAAGAGACGGAGGACACAUUUGAGGAGCUCCACCGCUUCCUCUACAGCGAAGAGCAUACUCAGGCCGGCAAAAUCGGUGAGGUGCAGAAGAACGCCAUCCAGAAACGGGAGGAACGCAUGGAUGAGCUUUUCCAGGAAUUCGCCUCCUGCGAUAAGAUGAUGCGAGAAUUGCAAAAGAAAUGCAGCCAGCAAACAAACGGCUUCCUGCAGCAAGCGGUGAUCACUUUAGACAAGGAGACGGCUCACCCCCUGCUCAUCCUAUCGGAGGACUGCAAAAGCGUGACGCUGGGAAACAAGGAGGCGUGCUUUGCAAAGUCCAACAAACGAUUCGACAUGAGCCACAGCGUGCUGGGCUGCGAGGAAUUCAAGGAGGGCCGGAGUUAUUGGGACAUUUCCAUGGGCAAGGAGGGGGACUGGACAGUGGGCGUGGCCCGGAAAUCUGUGAGGAGGAAAAACGCCAUCUCCAUUGAGCCCAGAAAUGGCAUUUGGGCCAUAGGGAAGCGUGGCAAUGACUAUUUUGUUUUAGAUCCUCCAAAUUAUUCUCGGCUACAGCCCACUGGGGAGCUGAGAAGGGUUCGGGUCUUUUUAAAUUGCGCCGGGAAGCACGUGUCUUUCUUUGACGCCGACGAAGCCACCUUACUCUAUCAUACCUACACAAGCACCAUCUCCAAGGAGGCCUUUGUUCCUUUUUUUCACCUCUUUCACAAGGCUGUUCUCACCCUGACUCCCUAA